UUUGUAAGUGAAAAGCCGCCGAAAGAACAAUUUAAAGAUUUUGAGUGUGAAUUAAUAAAUUGCCAAGUAUUAAAUAUUUCUUAAAACAAAUUUAAUUCGCUAAUUGUGCCGUUUAUAAAUUAAAUAUUUGAUAUAUCAAUGAUAUACAAGUAAAAAAAAAAUAAAAUGGAUGAAAAAACGGAUGGAGUCUUGCACAAAAUUUUAACAAGUGAUGAGUUAACUCAGGUUCCUAACAAAAUUAAGGAAAAAAUAGACGAUUAUUUUAAAAGAAAGUUUGAAGAAUUUUUAAUCAGAAAAGCUGAAGGGGAAACAGCUAAAGCAACAUUAGAUGAAGUUCGUGAUACACUUGAACAAGAAGUAAUUAACCUAAAAUCUCAAAUUCAAGAUUUCGAAGCCAAAUUCAGAAAUUCUCAACAGAAUGUAGACGAACUAAGGCAACAAUUGGAUGUUUCGCGUUCAGAAAUUAAUAAAUUACUGGAAUCAGUUAAGAAAUUUGAAGCUGAAGCAAAUGAAUGCAGACGUGAAAAAAAUAUGCUUGCUGAUGAGAGAGAUUCGUUAUUGAAAAUGAACGAGAGGCGUAAUGCCGAAGUAGAGCGUUUGCAAUCUGAUUUAAAGUCUCUGGAACAACAGUUAAAAGCUGCCGUUCACGCAAAAUGUGAAGCAUUAGCUAAAAUUGAUGAAAUUCAAGCAAAGGAAGUCGCCUUAGAUUUUAAAGAAAAGAGAAUGGAACAAGAACGCACAAUUUUGACUAGUCAAAUUCAGAGUCUUACUGAAGAUUUGAAUAGAAACAAUUCUGAGUUACACACAAUAAGGCGAGAUAACACAAUCCGAAAUUUGGAGUUAGACACAAAGCUUAACGAAAAAACGGAAGAAUUAAAAAUUUGUAAUAGUCAAAUUGCACAUAUAAAUGAAACAGUUGGGGUACUUACUGCUAAAGCUGAAGACUUGGCCGCUAAAUUACUGCAACAAAGUGAGGAGAGUAACAAAAUGAUGGAAUAUUACAAAAAGGAAUUGCAUGCAAAAGCAAAAUUGGCCGAUUUAUAUAAGGAAACUAAUGAAGAUAAAGUGAAUCAAAUAAAUGAAUUAUCAAAUGCCAUCACCGAUCUGAAAAAAAUGUUGUCAGAGGCCACUGAACAAUAUGGUGAACUUGAAACAAAAUUGAAAGCAGUUGAAGUUAAACACGAACAGGAAUUAGAAGAAAAAAAUAACAUAAUUCAAUCGAUUCGCGACGAACUUAAAAAUGCGAAUGAUCUUCUUAAAGAGUCUCAAAAUGAAAAUUUAGAAAAUGCUAUAGGCAAACUUGCUCCAACUGCCGCGGUAACAAGUAAAUUAAUCAAAUCAGAUAUGUCUUUGACAGAAUUAUAUUCAAAAUAUGUUAAAGCAGUAGAGGAUUUGCAAUCACAAGAAAAAGAAAACCAAAAACUUAAUCUAACGAUGAAAUCAAUCAUGCAAGAGUUAGAAGAAAAUGCACCAAUAAUUAGGAGACAAGCUUUAGAUUAUCAGAAAGUGCUUGAAGCAAAUCAGGAGUUGCAGACUCAACUAGAAAAGUUAAUUACUGAAAAAGUUGAUAAUAAGCAUGAUAUGGAUGAAGCACUUCGUAAAGUUGGACACUUAGAACGUGAAAAUAAAAAAUUAAAAGUUUCUCAGGCUGACUUAGCGAGACAAGUGUGUUAUCUUUUAGGAGAAGUUGAACAGGCUCGUGGGGGUUUAUCAAUGGACAAAAACCAAUCUCUAACGGCGGAUGCCACUUCUGAUGAAGUUAUAUCGAAGCGUCUUGUCACUUUUAAUUCCAUCAACGAGCUUCAGGAAAAUAAUCAAAAGCUUCUACUACUAGUUAGGGAUCUAAGCUCAAAACUUGAAGAAAUGGAGGAAGUUCAAAACAGUAUUGAUCAAGCAUCAUAUGAAACAAAAAUUAAUAAUUAUUCAAAGCGUUUGAAUGAAAUGCAACAGUCUUUAGAACAUCAGAGUGAAAUGCUUACAAUUAGUAUGCAAAAAUGUGAAAGAUACAAAAAACUUUAUUAUGAUGCUCUUAAAUUGGCCGGCAAAAGUGGAUUAGCUGGCAGUGCAAAUCAACAUCACCCAGAUGGGUCGGUUGAAAGCGAUAAUAUGGAUGGAAUUGAUGAAGAAACCCCAAUUGCAUCCACCAGCAGCGUUAUUUCUAAUGAAAUAUCAAAUAAGGAAAAACGUAUUUCCGAACUUGAAGAUUUAGUAAAAGAAUUGAAAGAACAACUUAAAAAUUUAAAACAGGAGCAUGAAGACUAUAUUAAAGAAAAAAAAGUUAAUGAAAAAAUGUUAAAUGAGCAAUUUGAUUCUAUGAGAACUGAAGUUAGGGAACUCACAUCCAAAAAUUGCCAGCUUAUGUCACAAGUUCAGUACAAUAAUGAACAAAUAAAAUUAGCACAAAAAAAUGCCGGAUCUUACAAAAAACAAAUUUCUUCCUUGGAGGAACGUAACAAAAAUUAUGAAAGUACAAUAAUUAAACAUGAGCAGACCAUUAUUUAUUUAAAAGAUGAAACAUUAAAUGCUCAAAAAAAAUUAUCUCAUGCAGAAGUGCAGCUACAAAACUUGAGACAAGAAUGUCGAAUUUUAAAGGAUGCCGAAACGAGAUUGCAAAUGGAGCGUGAUGCUUUGCACAGAGAGCGUCAAACACAAAGCCUUUUAAUGAAUAAUUUAGAAAUGAUAAAAGCUAGUUUUGAGCGAUCAGAAUCGGAAGGUAGAAUAAGACUGGAAUCUAGAUUAGACGAAGCAAAUCGCGAAUGUUCGGCGUUAAGAAGAAGAUUACAAGAAGAACAGGACAAUUUCAGGGAACUAACAGUAGACUUGAAAAGGCAAACUGAUACAGCAAAAAGCAAAAUGGAAGAAGAAAAGUCAAUAGCUGACAAACUACGCGAGGAGAUUAAAUCACUGCGAAAUGAGAUAAAAACAAAAUCUCUUCAAGUAGAUGAAUUAAGCAAAAAGUUGCAAGAAAGUUUAACUCCAUCAAAGAACGACAAUCCAAUUGUUCAAGCAAACAAAAAAGCGCGAGAUUUCGAAUUAAAAUACGAAGAAGCAAAACUUGAAUUAGAAUCCUUACAAAAGACCCUUGAACAAGUACGAGAACAUUCCAAUCAAUAUUGCAAAUUAUCGCAAUCUUCGGAAAAAGAGUUAGCUGAUUUGAGCAAUGCCUAUUCAGAAUAUAAAACCAAUGCAGAAAGUGAAUUAAACCGUUUAAAAAUGGUUGAAACCACUUUGAAAUCUAGAGUAGAAGAACUUGAAACUGAAAUUCAACUUCAAAUCACUGAUGCUCAGCUCAGUACAGGAACCACACAUUACCAAGUCAAAAAAGUUCAAAAUGAACUAAAAGAGACUUUACAAAAAUUGUCUGAAAGUAACAGAGAAUUACGAGAUCUACGUGAAAAAAAUAAUAUAUUAACUGCUUCCUUGCAAGCAGCACAGCAAAAGUAUGCAAAUGAACUAGCUUCUCACACUUCAGAUAUACAAGAACUGGUUCAGCUAAGAGAAGAAGUUCUUAAGGUGCGAGAACAAAUUACGGUUUUGACAAGCCAAAGAGACAAAGCUGUUAGUGUUCUUGAAGAAACUAAGCUUAGUUUCAUUGAAAAUGAAAAACGAGUUGUUGCAGAGAAGGAACAGAUUGAGAAACGUUUAAUCGAUUUAGACGCUCAAAAUGCGCUGUUGCAUAACGAAAUUCAGGCUUUAAGUUUGAAAUUAUCUAGCGCUGCAGCAGCUGGAAAUCAAAUAUUACACGAAGAGAGUAUAUCAGAAAACUCAACAGUUUGUGAUAGCUCAUUACUUAAUAAAUCUAUUACUGAUGAUCAUGUCGGUAAAUAUAGCGAUAAGCAACUUUUGCAAAUUAUAAAAUACUUGCGUAAAGAAAAAGACAUUGCCUUUGCUAAAGUUGAUAUUUUGAAAUCAGAAAACAAUAGACUAAUUUCAGAGCAACAGAUACUUCAAAAGCGUAUUGAAGAAUUAAAUUCUUUGUUAAAUACAGAAAGAACACAAUCCGAGUCAACUUUAAUUACAGCAACACGCCACCAAGAAAUUUUAAGAAAAGUAGAAACAUUGAAUGCAGUAACGGACAGCAACCGCAUAUUGCGUGAGGAGCGUGAUGCACUUUCAAACCGAGUUAAAGAACUUCUAGAACGCGUUACUAAAGUUGAAGACGAACUAUUUCCUUUACAAGAAGAAAAUCGUGAGCUAAAAUCAAAAGUGGAAGAAUUUACUGCAGAAAUUACGUCACUCAGAACAGAAGCUGUAAAAUGGCGUUCUAGGGCUAACACCUUAAUUGAAAAAAGCAAUAAGAAUCCCGAAGAAUUUAAAAGGAUUCAAAAUGAACGUGAAAGCUUAGCGAAAAUGCUAACAGCUGAAAAAGAAACCAUUAGGCACUUGCAAGAAGAAAUUCAAACGCUUCGUAAUGAUAAGACCAAAGUGGACGCUGACAUUCAAGGAUUAGUGAAGCAAAUUUGUACAGUAAAUGAAGAUAAAAAACGAGUAACAGAUGAAUUAAAUUCAAUUAAACAAAUAAAUAGCCGUUUAAACCAUGAAAUAAUGGAUUUGAAAAAUAAUGUCUUACAAAGAGAAGAAGAAACGAGAAAAGCUUCAGAAGAAAUAAAUGCUAAGGAAAGUCAAUUAAAUGAUUGCAAAAAUAAAGAAGUGCAAAUACGUAAAAUUGCUAAAAAAUAUAAAGAUCUAUACUUCGAACUUAAAACAAAAACAGACGGAUUCGCCGAAGGAGAAAGUACUACGAAUGCGAACGAUAUUCAACCUGCAAGUGAAACAUCAACGAGUGGACAAGAUGAUAAAGAUCAAAAAGAUAAAAUAAAUGAGCUAAAUAAUCAAUUAAAAACUUUAGAAGAAGAAGCCGAUCGCCUUCGAAAAGAAAAUGAAGAGAUAAAAUCAAAUGCAGAAAAGGAAGAUCGCACUAAGAAUCUACUUAGAGAAGCUAAAAUACGUAUUGUGAGCUUAACUGAAGCAAAAAAUUCGGUUACACAGGAAUUAAACACAACAAAAACACAAUUGCAAACUUUAUCACAAAGUCUUGAGCAGGAAUAUGUGACUCGAAUAUCUCAGCUUGAAAAAGCUUUAAAUGAACAAGACAAUCAACUGAAAGAAACCAUUUCAAGACUAACCAGGGAAAAUGAGAAUUUAUCGAUGCGUGUCGGCCAUUUAAACAGGCAAUUGGGAUUACAACAGUCAUCAAAACCGUCUACAUCAUCAGGUACUGGCUCAGAAAAAGGUCCAGGGGAAUCGCCACGAACAGCCAAUGUAAAGCCUAUGGCCGGACCUAGCGGCCAACAAUCCGCUACUGUAACCCCUUGGCGUGGAAGUAGUGGAGAAACACCCUUGGCAAGUAUACGACCAAUGUCUGUAAGCCAAAACAGUCGAACUGCAGCUAUUCUGCCAACAAGCCAAACCGGAAAUGUGUCUGCUGUGUCACUACAAGGUACUAGUAGCACUAGUACUAGUGCAGGCGGCUCAAGCAGUGCAACAACAGCUAGUGUUACUGCAUUAGUACCACCUCAACAGCAAUGCCAUACUACUGCCGGUAAUAAUUCAGGUGAAGCGAUGUCUUCUUCACCUACAAGUUCUCAUACUGACUAUAUGCCAGCAACAAGCUCUGCUGCAGUAAUUGUUGCAACAAUUCCACCAUUGUCAUCAGCAGAAAGUUCACAAGAAGCCGAAAGUAUCCAGCAUGCUCAAAGCAAUGCUGAUAAUGCCGCAGCCUCAACAUCUUCAUCUUCAUCAAGCACCCAACAAAUUAUCGGACAACAGCAGCAACAAGCAGUUGCACUGGUGUCCCCUCGUGUCGAAGGAAAUCAAAAUAUUGUAACACCACAAAUAAUAAUUGCCGCUGGCCAAAGUCAACAAGAAGUUAACAAUCAACAGCCAAGCACUUCUGGUACUUCAGGAAAUAUUUCUGUAAGUAGCCAUCAUCAAGCUUCUUCUAGUAAUACUGUUACUACUACCCAAGCGGGAACUGGUCAUAAAAGACCUAGAACAGAUAUCGAAGGGGAUAGCAGCUCGACAACGGAAGAAACUCCAGAAAAAUCCCAGCCGCAAAAUAAACGAACAAGAUUAUUACAAGCUGGUGAAGCUACAGCUAGUUUAAGUGGUGUUUCGGAGUCCGGUUUGGAAGUGGAGUAUCAAGUUCCAACUUCGUCCCAAAGAGACCAAGAAGAUGAUAUAAUAAUUGUGGAUUCUGAAGAAGAGGGUGAUGAGACUGAUGAUGGAAAUGCGGAUAUUGAUGAUGGCCCAAUGGAAGAUGAAGCAGAUGAUAAUGUAGAAGGAUAUGAAAUUGAAGGUUAUAUUGAACAAGAUAUUGAUGAAAAUGAAGCAGCCGGAGGGCCAAAUAUUGAUGAAAUUAACGCAGAAGACAAUAAUGAAGUGGAAGUUGAUGAAGAAAAUAGUAGCCAAAUUCCAAAUCAAUCAGCAGUAGCGGCUGACGCUGGCUCAUCAACAAGUCAAAUGGCACCUGCUGAGCAAAGUGGUAGUACUACAACGACUGGUUUAGCUGGAUCAACAUCUACCAGUUCUACAAGUACAACUACAAGCACUACAAACAUUCAAAAUCAAGUAGACAAAGAAGGCACUUUAGGGCAACAGCAAAUUCAAGCAAUAAGUAGUGGAAGCAGUGAAGCUGCUACAGCUGGUUCAUCUGCUGAAGGGAUUUCACAAACUUCAGCCGGUUGGCGACAGAACACUUUAUUAUCGCGACAACAACAACAAACUUUGCUUAUGUUACAGCAAGGGAUCAAUGAGGAAGCUGCAGACGAUUGUAUUAUUCCAAGUACACCAACUUUAUAUGCUGCAAAACGAAGUGAUGGUGAUGCUGUCAGUUCUCCACAUCCAGCGCAAGUUCCAAGUGCAGCUAGAUUUACUUUUGCUGAAUCAGGAGGAAAUAUAUCGAUGGCUUCUGAAGCUGAUGACUCUUCAGGGGUUAUAUCUGAAGAAACUGGCGUUACUCCACGUUCCAUUCCAGCAAUUAAUCCUCAGCAAGUGGCAGCAAGCGACAGUUCCCAAAAUGAAAGUGCUUCAACAUCCGAAGUUCCGCAAAAUAGCGUACAUGUUAUGCAAGAUCAAGAACCUGUAGCUGGUCCAAGCAAUUCUGUCGAAAUUGAAGAAACUUCAAACACAUUGGUUGCUACUGAAGAAGAAGAGGAUAUGGAAGAUGAGAUAAAUGAGAGUGCUUCUCAAUCUGAAGUUCAAGAUUUAGAGCAACAUGCAAACGAAGAAAGUGAAAUGGAAGAAGGAGAAGGAAUGGAUGGUGUUUCAUCUGAAGGAGAAAAAACUGCUGCUGGAACGGAAGAGCUUGAAGAGGGUCGCGAAGCUGAAGCAACAACUACACCUUCAAUUAAUACUCGUUCUAGAUCUAUAAGGGGAGCUAAUAAUUCACGUAAGUCAGCAGGUCGUGGUGCUACAAGAGCUGCAGCACGACCAACUCCAAUUGUAUGGAGUGAUGGUAGUCCCAGAGGUGCCGCAGUGGGCAGCCGCAGCCCGCAACGUGGGAAUUAUCCAGCUACAAAUCAACGGAAUCAAAGAGCGAGGAGAAUGCGACGCCAAAGCGGUCCUUGUUUUGGACGUUAUUAAUAUGAAAAAGAACAUAAAUAAAUAACUAUUAUUAUUAAGAAAAAUCAUAAAUUUAUUACAUAUAUUAAAAACCAUCGUAGGUUAAUAAUUAAACUAAAUUUCUAAUUUUUAUGUACUCUUAAAAAUAGGUGAUAUAAUUUACGAAAAUUAUUAUUAAAUAUUGACGCAACAUCUAAAAUAAAAAAAAAAUUCCGCAAAUUUUUUAUUAAACGUGACUUCAAUUAAAACAAAAUAUUAUA